CUGGUACAGGAGCCAGCUCUGACAAACAGUAAACACUGGGCCCUUCAGUUGCUUGCUGGAAGCAUGUGUUCCUGGUCGCUUAGCAACAGAGCAGAACAUUCUGCUCUAAACUCCCUGAGAGAGAGCUGCCUGCUCUGCUGUUAUUCAUGUGUGACAAACCCUUACAAAUGCAUGCCUCAGACGCCUCUUGCAUAUAACGAUUCUAUAAAUAAUAAAACUAUUUUAUAUUGUUUCAGCAACCUAGAUUUGAUAGAUCCUGUUCAAAGUUUAGGUGAUUUAUUGGCGCUGUUUAACGCAGCUGUCUAAUUUAUGAUUCUUUAUGAGAAAUUGAAUCAGACACGUGUAUACAUAACCUAGUAUGAGUAAAAUGAUUGUAGAUAACAGCUCAGAUAAUUUAAUCUUGAAAAAAUAGAUGAGAUGUCUUAAGUUUAGAUUGAAAUUUAAGAGUUUUGAUGAGAUAAUUUGAUGUACAAACUAAUCAAGAUUAUUAUUUUUUAUUUGUUUGCAAUAUAUCAAAAUCAGUAAAUGUAACUAAUGAAUAAGAGAGCAAACAAAUAGCAGAAACUUGUGUAUCCAGUGUUAUUGAUUAAUAGUUAAAUAGUAGGAGUCUCUAAGCAACGCUUCUUGUCGUGAAGGUGUCUGUUACAGAAGACAAACAGGAACGACAGAAGUAUGACCACAGGAAGAGAGAAAACAUUACCCAACGGAAAAUGUAUAGAUGGGAAAGAAAUGUUCACUGACAGAAGUGGCUGGUGGAGAAACACUAUUAAGGACUAUCCCAUUCCUGGCAGUUACCACAUUCGGGACUUCAUAGAGGAGAUAGAACUUAACCCUGUGCCUAGGACGUAUGGCUUUAAAGGCCCCAAGCGAAACACCCUCAUGUCGAUUGUACAUCGAGGGGACGUGCUAUUGCCCGGGGCAUAUAACUUCACCGACUCAACCAAUGAGGUUCUGCAGCGCCGGGCAGCUUACUCUUUUAAAAGCUGCCCCAGACCUGACAUCCACACUUUGGGCCUCAGAGAUAAGGAUAUUAACCUCUCACCCGGUCAUUAUGAUGUUACGGAGAAGCCUGUCCCCAAAUCACCUUGCAAACAUGUGAUGUUCCGAUCAGCGGUACAGAGGGUCAGCUUUCUCCCGGUAAGUGACCGGUUUCAACAUAAAAAUCUCAACCUAACCUAUUGUAUGUAUAUUAAAUGCUUUGCCUGUUUUAGUCCAGAAUGUUUUCAAAAGCAUCUAGAUUCCAGUGAGUGAGUUUCACUGCUGUGCGUCAGUGUUGCACCUCAUGCACCACGGCUUCAGUGGUGUGUUGGCUGGUUAUUCGAGCUGUGCUGGCAGCUGUCUAGUGUUGACGGAACCGUGAGGAUGCUAAAUCAUCCUCAGGGUCUCAUUAGAGCGAACAUUAGGGCUUUGUGUGGCUCUAAGAGGGUGUCAUUUCAUGUAGGACAAGUGUUUUGUCAAAGGUUAAGUAGCUAAGAAACCUCAAGCUUAUUCUUAAGAUGACAGAUCAACAGCAAACAAUUCUCUUUUAUUCUCACUGGCUGAUCUUAAGACUGGAAUACACACAAGAUGGAUAUUAAACAGAUAUUAAAACACUAGACAUCGUAUACUUGCCAACUUUGUAAAUGGUUUUACUAGGCGUCAUACACUAAACGACUGAGGUACCAUACAGUACCAGACUUUCAAGUUGUUCCGAACACAAUAAACUCGUAGAGAAACGUGCAAUUUGAGUGACAGAUUGAAAAUAAUAUUUGUUCUGAAAUCAGCUCAAAAUAUCAAGCGUGUUUGAUAUCCUCCAACUGGAUAGAACCGUCGUCUGAAGCUAAAAGAUCGUCUGUUUGUCUGAAAAGUCUGGUCAUUUCAUACACUAUGCAAUUUUCUGAACAAAUCUGCAGACUGACUCUGAUUUUCAGCAAGUUGCAUUGACUUCAAACUCAAAAUCAGUAAAAAGGUCUAGUAUUGCGGUCAUUUUGAAAUUUCAAUUGUUAUCCUCAGACGUUGCUUCUUAAAAAAAAAAAUCAGAAUAUCACAUGAACGAGAGUGCUGUUCAUGUGAGAUCACAAUAACACAAUCGAGGAUGAUAUUUCUUUUAUACAACAGUUAAAAAGAGGUUAUUAUUGAGUAACUUACAUUUUAGACACAAAUCAGUUACUUGGCCUUUUUUGUUCCUCCAAUAAAAGUAAGUUCAAGCACAGCCAAAGCAUGAUUAACCAUUGUGUCCAUGAAUAAAUCAAUGCUAUUGCACAAAUUGGUGAAUGAUUCAAUGACUCACUCAUACUUCUUUCGAUCAUGGAUGAGUCUGCAUUUUUAAACAGUUGGUUAAUUAAAUAAUUCAAUAACUUAUUCGUUUCUGAAUGAAUCCUUGCUUAAAUGAAUUGGUUGAGUGAACGAUUAAAUGACUCAUAUAGACAGUCACUUACCGUCCACCUACUGGUGUAGUGAUGUAACAGAAAGAGUCACUGAAAAAUCCAAAUCAGUAAUGCACAAAAAUGGGAGUCUGUCUGCAACAUACAAAAACAAACAGGCGGAGUGAUACAAACAGUGAAAUGUCCCAAUGCUCUUGCACUGUAAUAUCAGGCUGUGUGCUAAUCUCAGAACCCUCUGAUAGUAUUUCUUAGGAGAUAUAAAAAUAGACACAAGUGAGACAGUUGUUGGCGUAAAGUAAGCCUAUAAAGCUAUAAAAUGAAUGAAGAUAGCAUAGUUCUGGUAAUUUGAUGAGAAAUGUUUGGUGAUCUCUGCUAUCAUGGCAAAUGUGAGAUCUUUUCUCUAAAACUCAAGAGGGGACAUUUGAGAUUACCAGGCUAUUUCUAUCAGGAGAAAGGUGUAAGAAUGAUAUUUUUUCUUUCUUCUCCAUUUAACAUCAUUGAUAUCUUAGAGAAGCUCUGAGAUACUAUAAAGACCUUAUUUGUAAUUUUUCAUUCCUGGGUCAUUUUGACUUUCACAGAUCCAACUUAAAGGCAUUUGAAAAUAUAAUGAAAUAGUUUUUUAAUGACUAAUACUGUAUCAUAUUUUUCUUUGUUGAGUUGUGAGUGGCUGGUGUUGGAGGGUGUUGAAUCUGACUCUUCUGGACAGGACUUAGACCCUUAAUGAAAUAAUAGCUCAGUGCCUCUAUAGACAUGUGCAGUAUGGCACUGCUAUCCGCUCUUAUCCAGGGGAAUGUCGAGCUGGCAGGGCGUCCCAUUGAAGAAGGGCGCAACGGCAUGACGCCUCUAAAACCAUCGGAAGUUGACCUCAGGGGCAAGCAGGCAGAGGGAAGCAAGCUCCCCUGCGGCCAGCAUUAACACCUCCGGCAUGGUUCAUCCCAUUUCACACACACACACACACCAUAGCACAGGCCAGCUGGAUCUAGGCCACUGUUGGAAUCAAAUGGCAUAUAACGAUAGCAGACCGCUUUUGUAGCACAGGAGUCUUCUCAACUAUGCUUUUGAAAGCAUUUAAAAAGGAUAUCAGUGUUUAUUAAUUCAAGCCCAACUUGAUCAUAAAUAAAUAGUUUGGCCCGUGGGACAUGAAAGGAGAAGUUUAGCAGAAUGUCCAAGCUGCUUUUUUCCAUACAAUGGAGGUGGAAGGUGAUUUAAACUGAUAUGGUUCAAAAAGUUCCAGAAAAAGAUCAUAAAACAUUUUCCACAUGACACUUUUUGGAUGAAAUACUGCA